ACAGCUAAAUGAAAGUAAGCAAACCAAUCCUAUUUCACAUUUAAUUCAUUUCAAUUGUGUAUAUAUAUCAAGCACCUCAAUUAACUUAUAGUUUGAAGCUAUCUAGACAACAACACAAAAUGGGUGGUUUAGAUGGGUAUUUUCCAGUAAUGGUUAUGAUAGGAUUACAAUUUCAUUAUUCAUUGCUAGCCAUCUUUACAAGAGCUGCUCUAUUAGAUGGAUUGACUCCCACUGUCUUUGUAGUGUACAGACAAGGCAUAGCCACUUUGGCAUUGGCACCUAUCAUCUUCUCAUCAAAUAAGCGGAGACAAUCUUUCAAGGCUUCAUUGGGAUUAAAGAGUUUCUCUUUGAUGUUUAUGACCUCUCUUAUUGGGGUGACAGCAAAUCAGAAUGCAUAUUUUAGUGGUUUAUUCUAUGCUUCUUCUACAGCAGCCACUGCCAUGAGUAAUUUGAUACCUGCAUUAACUUUUGUAUUUGCAGCAAUUUUAGGAUUUGAGAAAAUCAAUCUUCGAAGUUUAAGAAACGUGGCAAAGAUAUUAGGAACAAUAUGUUGUGUCAGUGGAGCCUUAACCAUGGCAUUUCUCAAAGGAAAUAAGCUGUUACAUAUGGAGUUCUUUCUUCCUGAUUCCAAACAUCUCACUGCAAGUGGAGAUGAUACUUGGAUUCUGGGUUGUCUAUUGCUCUUAGCAAGUAGUGUUUUUUGGUCAUGUUGGAUGAUCAUGCAGGUGCCGAUUUCUUCAUCUUGCCCGGAUCAUAUAUUGUCGACUUUUUGGAUGUGUCUCUUCGCCACAAUACAGUCAGCUAUAUUUGCACUGAUCAAAGAGGGGAAUCUUCGAGUAUGGACUUUGAAUUCACCUUUACAAAUUUCAUGCAGUUUAUAUGCAGGAAUUGGAAUUGCAGCUAGCUUCUUUAUUCAGUCCUGGUGCAUAUCAGGAAGAGGUCCCCUGUAUUGUGUAAUGUUCAACCCUCUAGCUACUGUCAUCACAGCUUUGGUAUCUGCUAUAUUCCUACAAGAAGAGUUAUACAUUGGAAGUUUGGUAGGGGCUUUUGGAGUGAUCAGUGGUUUGUAUAUUGUGCUAUGGGGCAAAGCCAAAGACUUUGAUGAGACUAAACAAGAGCUACCACAAUCACAAAUGCAGGAUGAUGACAUAAGUAAUAGGGUAGAUUUGGAAGAACCGCUUCUUACAGAUAAGUCGGAAUAUGUAGCAGAGAGCAAGAUGGAGCCCUGAUGACUAAAAUACUGAUAGUUUGCAUGGGUGAACUUUUUUUUUAAAGGAGUUUUGGUGAAACCUGAUAACUCUCGAUCAAUUUGAAGAAACGAAAAGAGGAUCAAGUAUCAUCUUAAAGAACAUAGCAUUAAUUAGUUUCUUUCAUCAAAACAUCUAAUGAAAAGAAAGCGAAAUUUUGUCUUGGGAAAAAAUACGAGUUAAUUUCAAUUAUUAGCACCCAAAUUUCUAACCAAGCAAUGCAUUAUUCCGCUCGUGCAAGUAAAAUUAGUUAUUUUGCGUUCACAUAUUCAUGUAAUUUUUCGGUGAAUUGCUUCUGCUAGAUAGUCAACCAACCAUAUUUUCAUGUAAUUUCUGGUCUUUGAUAAGAAAUUGAGAGAUGUUCUUAACAAUAGACCUAUAGGGAUGCAAAAGUGGACACCCUUAGGUG